ACUUUAAUUCUCCAGGGCACACCGGCCUGUAUCUCUCAUUUUGUGACAUUAUGCUACAAAACAGAACUCCUGUCUCUCAUUUGCAUUGGUAAUAGCAAUUCAUUCUCAAUUUAAACACAUACUAAUCGAGGCUGAGAUUAAUUAUCAAGUUACUAUCAUCUCAUGCUGAGUGGAGACCAUCAUGUCAAAGAAUAGAUCCAACAUUUCCUCUGCGUGUCGUAAAAGACGGACUUAAAGAAGUUGCUGAUUUGCACUCCGACUUCGUAAAACCCUCACUAGCAACUACUAAACAGAGCCAGGAGUUGGAGGGUUGUCGCCUGAAAUUGGGAAUCACAAACAGCGACCGUUAUUACAGCGCAUUCCUCCAUACCUUUCUCUUCGCAACCUCCCCCUGUAUACACUAAUAAACUCCAGCACGAGCACGUCCACAUCUUCACACACAUUACAUCUAGCCCUCUCUUUAUGCUCUAUUCACACCCUCCACACUUCAGGACACCACACUCAACAUACACACACAUUUCCUUAAUCUUUAUAGUCAGUCAGUUGCUUAUCUUCCUCGGCUUUUCGCUCUUUAGGGUGCAAAACAGUGUUCUCCACACUUCCGUUCUGCAAUUUGUUAUUCUGCUUCAAUUUCAUAAGAUGACUUAAUACUAUUCUCCUUUUCUGUUCUCUCUCUUCUGUUUUUGACGAAUUUGAUGAAUUAUUUUUUGUUUCUUCCUCACAAUGUAAUGAAAUUCUCUCAACUCCUCUUCGUUGUUUUUUUUCUUUUCCUGGCUAUGCUUGUAUAUUCUGAUGCAUUCUACCUGGAUUUAUCUUAUUAAAGUAUAUAACUAAGUUUUAUGUUAUCAACCAAGUUUAUUUAUUGAAGAUAUAUAUCAGUGUAAAUACUCACAGAUCUGUUCUCCUUUUUAUAUUAUGACAUCAAAUUGUGGGAAAAUACAGAAUGAAUGAUAUCAGUUUUCUGGUGACAUUGAAAUGGUAAUGAUAGAUUCCUUUUAUUUAAAGAAAUCUGUCAGGUUUUGAAGACAAGAUAUACAUUAUGAAGUACACAAGUGGCUGUUCUUUAUAACCUCAAAUAAGUGACUUUGAAAUUUAAUUUAAGACUGUAAACAUAUUACAACUGAGACAUGAAGCAUGGUAACAAACAGAAUCUGUUAUGUGUAGGUGUACAGAAUAAAUCACAUCACAAAAACAUCAGGAAGAAAGUAUUCACAUCAUCUAAUGCCUUAUUUAAACAAAAAUUACUUCAUACCAGAUUAAAAUUUUUCUAAUUCACAAUAGAACACUUCAUGCCAACUCAAACCUAUUAGGAUUCACAGUACAUCAGUUGCUAAAAACAGCUGUCUCUGUAAAAAUGUUCAGAAAUACAAAGCUUGCCAAUGCAUAAUCUUGCCAAAAUUUUCUCUGACAACAAUAAUUUGAUCAAGCAUAAAUAUGUUCAUACUGGUGAAAAGCUAAACUACUGUGAUAUCUAUGGUAGAACAAUCACACAGUAAGGUAUUUGACUAAAUCCAAAUAUAUUCAUUCAGGUGAGAAAUCAUAUCACUGAAAUCUAUGAGAAAAGUUUCUUGCAGAAUGAUAAAUUAACUGUACACACACACACAUAUACAUACACACAUAUAUAUAUAUAUAUAUUUAGGAGAAGAAUUAUCAGCAUGGUAUGCAGAAACAUUUUCUCACUUAUAAUUUGAAUAGACACAAAUACAUUAAUACCGUUGAAAGCAAAUAUUUUCUGAAGGAGGUAAAAUGACUAAUCACAAACUUACUCGCACAGGUGAGAAACCAUAUCACUGUGAUAUAUGUGGGAAAACAUUCUCUGUCUGUAAUAGUUUGACUCGACACAAACAGGUUCACAUAAGACAAAAGUCAUUCCCUUGUGAUACUUGUGGAAAAACAUUUUCUGGUAACAGUGCAUUGACAAGACAUGUACGCAUGCACGCUGGUGAUAAUCCAUACCACUGUGAUAUCUGUGGAAAAAAAUUUUGUGACAGUAAUAGAUUAACUAGACACAUACGCAUGCACACAGGUGAGAAACCAUACAACUGUGAUAUUUGUGGAAAGAAUUUCUCUGACAGAAGUGGUUUAACUCAACACAUACGUGUACACACUGGGGAAAAGCCAUACCAUUGUGAUAUUUGUGGUAAAACAUUUUCUGGCAAUAGUUCAUUAACUAAGCAUAUACGUGUGCACACUGGUGACAAUCCAUACCACUGUGAAAUCUGUGGUAAAACGUUUUCUGACAAUAGUCAUCUAACUCAACAUGUACGUGUCCAUACAGGUGAGAAGCCAUACCACUGUGAUAUCUGUGGGAAAACAUUCUCACAGAAUGGUCAUCUAACUCAACAUGUACGUAUUCACACAGGUGAGAAUCCAUUUCGCUGUGAUACCUGUGGUAAAUCCUUCUCUCAGAGAGGUCAUUUAACACUUCAUAUACGUGGUCACACAGGUGAAAGACCAUACAUUUGUGAUAUUUGUGGUAAAUCAUAUGCUGACAAUCAGAAUUUAAACCGUCACAAACCUGUACACACUGGUGUAAAACCAUAUCAUUGUGAUAUUUGUGGUAAAACUUACUCUGAGAAUAGGAGUUUGACACAUCAUAAAAAAAAGGCCCAUGGACAAGUAACAGUAAAAGAAUAGAAUCAUUUUGAAAAAUUUCAUGAAUUCACAAGCAAAUUUCUGAGGCAUAAUGCAAUGAAAUUUUUUGGGAACAUUAUAGAAAGUGGAUAAAAACUAUGUUUUCAUAACAAUGUUUGUCUUUGACAAACAUAAGCUACAUACUUUUUAAAAACUUCUUUCCAGAAUGUUCUACAACAUGGCAAUGGAACUGAAUAUAGACUUACAUGUCAUUUUGACUUUAUUUGGCUAAAACAUUGUAAAUAUGAAGCAGUUUAAUGUUUUAUAAAAGGAAAUUUACAUAAACCUAUAGACCUCUUUAUGAGAUUAUUAAUGAUCAAAAAUAUAUAUUUUUAAAUUAUUAACUUUAAUAUCCACUCUGUUUACACAGACAUUUGUCAUCAUUUUAAUGCUAUGAACUGUUCUAUUUUGUGAUUAAUGUAUUUUUCUGUCUUUCAAUUAAAGUUGCAAUAAUCUAUAAAAACUAUUUCACCAUUUCUUUCUAUUAGAAGUAUUUUGAAGUAGGAUGAUUUGAUAUAAAUGCUUUACUUUAAAUAAAACUAGUUAUUUUGUACAGUAUGGCAUUGAUUAGUAAAAGCUCACACACACACACACACACACAUACAGGGUACUCAGCUAAAUUUGAUGAUUUUUUUAUGUCACUUUUUUUUUUCAAGAACAACUUAAUGAAUUUGUGAACAAUCAACAUCACUAGAAAGCAUAAAGAUUAAAGUUGUAGUUAAGAAAAAGUUAGCUGACAUGGGAGAUUGGAAGCCAUCUGAAUAUUGAAAAAGAGUUACAUGUAUCUUAAUGAUUUGCAGCAGGUAUCAAAAAUGCCAACAUCAUGACUGCUGCUCAGUGCUCUGUAAAGGUUGUAAGACCUGGACAGCUGCAACAGAGGCUACAAAGCCAUGGCCAGCAAGAAGGGACACAGAAGACGUUCUAAUUGCAUCUGCACACUGGAAUUCAUACCCACAUAUUUGAUCAGGGCUUUAGGCUCAUUUCAGAUGGUUAUAUGAAGCUGCUGGAAACUGGUCAAUCCCUGCUUGAGAGGAUUGUUGCUGGAAGUCCAUGUGUGUGGCAGCAAGAUUCAGCUCUUUGUUAUACCUCCAGAAAGAGUCAGAAGUGGUUGUCAGAGAAUUUCUAUGACUUUAUCAGCCCCAACUUCUAGCCUCCUAAUUCUCCAAUUGUAAUCCCAUGGAUUACUAUGUGUGGGGCAUGGUUGAGAAAGACACCAACUGCUCUGCCUUCAAUACCACAGCUGAACUGGUGGCUAAGAUCAAGGAGGUGUUUGAAGAUCUUCCCAGAGACACUGAAGAAUGCGUACACCAUGUUCCAGAACCAUCUUGUGGCUGCUGUGAUAGAAACUGAGGGUGGCUACUUUGAGUAAACUGUCACCUCCCAACCGUUAUCUAGUUGUUAUUUUUUAAAGUACUUUUAUUUUUUUGAUAGAAUAUUAUGUUUUCUUUUCCUCUCAUGCAAACUGUCAAAUUUAGCCCCAGCACAUCAUCAUCAUCAUUUAAAAUCUGUCUUCCAUGCUGCUCCUCUCACACUCUUAUGGAGCAUCCCUUUCUAUCCCCUUUGUACCACUUAUACUUACAGGUAGAUCCCAAUGUAUCUUCAACACCAUCUAUUUCUCCCUAUCUCUCCCUCUCUCUCAAUCUGACUGUCUCUAUCUUUCUCCCUAUCUCUUCUUCAUAGUAAGUCUCUUAUCUCUGUCCUUCUAUUAUUCUCUAAUCUUUCACUCCUUCUCCCU